CGCACACCUCGGCCCGCCCCUGGCGACCUGCCGGGCAGCGGCGGCGGGCCCUGGAGCGGCGGCAAAUAUCCUACACAGAAAGUGAGGCUGAAUUACGUGCACAUGCCGAUUACUGGAGGAGAGGCUGAAGGACAUCCUGUUUUGAUUUAGCAGUGUUGUUAUUCUUUGGGGUGAAAUGAAGAAUUUGAUUUUGUUUUGGAAACACUCGGAUUUCUAAUGCAACUGAACUUCAGUAACCUUUUUGCAGCGCAGAUUUCAACAAAUUAAUUUUUCUCAAACAAAGAUGCAGAACCUGUCAGUAGCAGAAAGUCUUACUAAUACAGACAUGUCACACCAGGGGUCUCCAAAAGACCUGGCAUCUGAAGCAGGUGGUGUGUCUGUCAGUGGAAGUGACUGUAACUGGAAUGACAAGACAAAUAAUGAAGAAAUUAUUAAUCUCGAAGUAAUGCAGCAAAGCCUCCCCGUAACGAACAGCAAAGGGAGAAGUUGUGAGGGGAUUUCUGAGAGCAGUCUUAGUACCUCAGAACCCAGUGGUUCCUGGGGUGAUUUUGAAGGCUUCAAGGAGUCGCUAGACAAAUCAGAGAGAUUCAGUCAUAGUCUUGAAGUUUUGGUGAAGUCAACAAAACCUUCUGGAGCUGACACGGACUUAAGCAGCGGACGCUGUAGCCCUUCUGCUGCCCAGUUCUGUGCUGAGCCAUCUCUGUGCAGUGGGAUACAGGAGGCUUUGGGCUCUCUGAAUGAGGCAGACCACAGCUAUGAGGAUAUAUUUAAGGUGGGCUUUCCAGAAGUCUUUGUAUCACAGUCCACAGAAAGCAUAAGAAGCUUAGAUCAAGUGCUUGAUACAAAUAAUGAAGAUGUUGGGAUAACUGAACUUCUGAAGAAUCAACUUUGGAUCAAUUCUGGAAACCUAUGGAGAACACUUAGAGACUCUGAUAACACCCCCAGCUUAAGACAUCCCUGGAGUAAAUCUCAUUGCCAAGAAAACCUUCUGAGUGUUCUUGGAAUAGAUGCAAAUCAAAAGGACAUUUCAGAGAACCAGGAUGAUAUUUCUGAGGAAUCAAAUGUCAAAGAUAAUGAGGACUUCAGAUUUGAUGGAUUCAGUAUCAAUGACUGCAAAGCAUUGAUCCAGACCAAGCUUUCUGUAUCACCAGACUCCAGACAUGGUCACCUUUUCACCUGUAACCUCUUUUUGAAAACCACACCAUCAAAUGAAAACACACAGUAUAUAACAAUCCCAAGGAAGAAGCACCUUUUCACUACAAACAACCUAAAAAUGAAAUUUUUCAGUAGUGAUGUUUGCUGAACUAAAUGCACUUUUUAGCCUUUUUUUCUGUUUUGUUUUUGAACUGAAUGCAGUUUACUUUAAUUUUGUUACUGACUUGGUACUAUAGACUACAGAUGUUCUUUAGGAAAGUGACGUAUUGCUGUAUACGAGGUACCUAAAGUCACAUUAUUAAAAGAGAUUUCUCCUCUUUAGCUGUGAAGUUAAAGGUGUAAUUUUGUCCUGCUAAGUUUUUCUGCAGAAUUGUGUCUCUUACAGUAAAUGCUGCAGCUGCUAUCACACUUUAAAGAUACUCUCUGUUGGAGUCUCCUGAACUACUGACCUUUCAAGCCUUAAUGCCUCUUCAGUCAAAACCUUCCUUUCCCUGCCAAAAUCUACACCCAGCUCAGGUGUGUUGUGAUGUGUGCCUUGUCACCAUCUCUGCUCACACUUGGUCCAGUUCGGAUCAGCUGAGAUCUGCUGCUUUGCCACUGCUGGAUGUAAUGAGAGGAGCCUUCUACAUCUGGGAUCUUCCACUGGGGUUUAGGAAAAUAAAACUGUGUUAACUUCUGUCUAGUAAAUCCUGCUGUGGUGAUAGGGGUGGGGGCAGUGAAAUGUUUUGUCCUGGCGUUGGUUUCUGACUGAAAUAAAUCACCUUGUUUGAAGCUGAUUGUAA